UUUUUGUUUGGCUGCGAACGAAGACGACAAGCACCAUGGCUGGCGAAGAUCCCGUUGACAUCUACCCGGAAAUCCGCAAGGGCUGCGAGUCCAAGUGCGCGCCGGUCGUCAAGGAGUACAACGCGUGCCUGGACCGCGUCGCUGGCAAGGGCGGCUGCGACGGCCAGUACUUUGACCUGUUGAAGUGCGUCGACAAGUGCGCUGCGCCGCAGAUCUUCAAGCACUUGAAAUAGACAACAACCCCAGAUAGAUAGUGCGGGAUAAGCGGCUCAAGCUAAUGCGACCGCGAGAUCUCCCGGGCUCGUAAUUUGCGUGUGCUACUCCGACGCCCACCGCUUCGCAAAGCAUUCUCGCAUCGAUAUGAACAUGCAUGCAAUUCGCUUAACA